ACGCAUGCUUAACCUAGGAUAAUUUGCAGAAAAGAAGUUACAACUUGUGCAGAACAUGCGAUUUUGUGAAGGGAAAAGCAGAAUCAGUCAACGGAAUGUGCCAAAUUAAUAUUGAGAACCGGAAAAAGUUGAAGAAUCCUCACACUGCUGGAAAAAGAAGUUUUGCUUUAGUACGCUCUAAGUUGGAAAAAGAGAAGGAAACUUCGGAUCCUUUAUCGGCAAAAGAAGUCUUUGUAGCUACAAGAAAAAGAAAAGCUGGGCGAUCAUACAAGUGCUCGGAUGAUGAUACAACUAGUAAAAUUGCUGAAAUGGUGGCAAUUGAAUCCCAACAAAAUGAAAAUGGCAAUGAGUCCGUUGAUGUAUUUGCAUCUGUCAUGGGGCCUGAACAUUCGGGACGUCUGAGAUUGUAUGGACGAGGGGUUACAAGAACUUAUUUGAGAGGGAAGGUAGGAUGUUUUGAAUCUUCUUCAAAUACUUCAAAUUCUCUACAAAAAAUGGAGGAGAAGAUACAGAGGAUGGAUGAGAAAAUUGAGGAACAAAAGGCAACUAUCCGUCAAGAAGUUGUUGCAGAUGUCCUUGCACGACUUCAGCGUUCAGGAAUUGAUAUUGAUGCUAAUAUUAUUCUAGCGGCAUUGGGUGAUGAUUCUCCUGGAGAAGCUUCUUCUGCACAGCGAGCAACUUUGCAACCAAUUCGUCGUCCAUCUACUGAUAGCAACAAAGAAGGCCAACUCAUUCGACGUAUUAAUAUUGCUUAUUUUUUAGCUUAUUCGGUUUAGAAUUAUACUUGUUGAUGCCAAGAACUAUAGUUGGGAUAUAUAUUACGGUUUGCAAACUUCUCCAGAAUGAUGAACCACAUUGCUAUAUCCUAGUUGCCUUUCUGAGUUUAGAAUUCAUGUGCAUAUUUUAUCUGCUGCUAUUCAGGAGAUGUUCGCAUUA